GUGGGAGAGAUUCAUCAUCGUCGGAGCAUUGCCGUUGUAUGGAAACAAGCCUGCCUUCGUCUCAAAUAAGUUUUAACCGACGCGGUAUUCCUUUGAAUCGAGCACCUCAUAAUGUUUUUGUGAAGCCAGCGUUUGGUUCUUGUCAGAAAGCUUGGACCAAUUAUUUUGAGCUACCUGUUGAGUACACUGUGGAAAUACAUGACGGUAUACUGAAUCCUGCCAAUGAUACUUUAGCCACUCGAUAUUUGCCAGAUAGGGAUUAUCGAAGAAGAUUUAUUGUCGUUGAUGAACAAGUUCAGCGACUUUAUGGUCACGAGAUAUCACAGUAUUUCAAGGCUCAUCGUGUGGAAACGCACUUCGUUGUAUUACCUGGAGGAGAGGAGAAUAAAGUUUUUGAGGCCGUGGAUAAAGUACUCUUUGAACUUUGCAAAUACGGCUUGCAUAGAAGAGAACCCAUUUUAGCUAUUGGAGGAGGAGUAGUGUUGGAUAUUGUUGGCUUUGCAGCGAGUUGUUAUCGGAGAGGUGUUCCUUAUAUUCGCGUUCCAACUACUCUUUUAGCCAUCAUCGAUGCUUCAGUCGGAGUAAAAACUGGAGUUGAUUAUGUCUCAAGUGAACUAGGAAGACUAAAGAACCGAAUGGGUGCUUUUUAUGCUCCGUGCGCUGCGUUUCUUGAUAAGAGAUUUAUAGCUACUCAGGAUCGUCGAAAUAUUAUUAAUGGUUUGGGAGAAAUGAUGAAGUUGGCACUUGUUUGUUCAUCAGAACUUUUUUCAUUAUUGGAACAAUAUGGACAGCAGUUGAUAAUGGAAGGCUUCCAAGGUCGACUUAGUGAUGUUGCAGAUCGAGUCAUAGAACUUUCGGUACAAUUUAUGUUGGAAGAACUUGGUCCCAAUCUAUGGGAAUACAAGUUGGAACGAAGCACUGAUUUUGGCCAUACUUUUAGCAAGAUUAUUGAGAUGGAAGCGGAGCCUGCUUUACUUCAUGGAGAGGCGGUGAAUAUUGAUGGAUUCUUUUGUGUUAUUUUGUCUUACAAGCGAAGACUUAUUUCCAGUGAAGAACGUGAUCGUAUUUUUUAUGCUAUGAAAAAGUUGGGGUUACCAACCAUAGAUGCUCUUUGUGUUCCGCAAGUAUUAUGGAGAGGUUUAGAGGAUGCUUUGGAACACCGACAUGGAAAACAAAGACUGCCUUUAUUGAAUGGUAUCGGUUCCUGUAUUUUUGUGAAUGAUGUAAGCUAUUCUGAACUUGAAGAAUGUGUUAAGGAAUUGAAUCAACUGCACAACUUGAAGUAAUAAAGUGAACUGUUUGAUCGUCUAAUAG